CGUUCAUGUAUCUUUUUAGUUCUGUUAUGUUCUUACGAUUAUGUGCUCUGUCCUACCAAGUUCACUGUGUUUUGACAGUUAUGCCGUUGUUGUAAGUUCUUUAUGAGGAGAUUCUGACGUGAAAACACCACGUUGACAUACAUUUAUGUCGACAGGAACAUUAUUAUUAUCAGAUUCAGAUAGUCAUUUCGUAGUCUUGGCAAUAAGAAAAUGCAAAAUUUAAUUACAAAGUUGGCAUGCAGUCAAAGAAAUAUUUUUCGAAUAAGAAAAAAAUAAGCAAUCAUGCUCUGAUUUAAAAUUUUGCUUUUAUAAACUCAUACGAUAUUAAUGAUCCGGUGUGUUUAAUUAUCUCCAAGUAAGUCAGGUAUUGAUUUUUUUCUAAACGGAAAGAUGAAUGGAAAGCAUGAAAAGUGACAGAUGAUAAAAAAAAUCAUAAAAUUUUAAAAUCCGACAGUAUAUUUCAAAUAGAAUUUUCUUUAACUGAAAUAUUUUUCUUUCUUUCUUAGCUUUUAAUGCUAGGUAUAAUCAUAGCUUACAGUGCAUUCCUCUUAUCUAACGUAAAAGGCAUGACAACUUUUAAUGAUAUAGGAGUUUAUGAGCUGGUUCUAUAUAUCUGGAUAAUUGCAGAUGCUGUUGAGGAAAUAAUCAGAAACAUUGUGAUAACGAUGAAAAGAAAUGGAACCCACCACCCUCGUAAAUUGUUUCGUCUGUAUUGUUACCUGACAAACUUCUGGAAUGUUCUAGCAUUGAUGUUAUACUCAGUAUUAGUGUCUGCUGUACUUGUUCGAACUUUUAAUGGUGGCCAGCGUAUGGAAAUUCGACUUUACAGCUUUGGAUUAUUUCUUAUCUAUAUGAGAUUUUUUCACAGUUUAAUGGUCCUUAAAUAUUUUGGCCUUAAACUCAUAAUGAUUGGCAAAAUGCUUAAGGAGCUGCUCCAAUUUAGUUGGAUCCUGAUUGUUUUUAUUGUGUGUGCUGGUGUUAUGUACCAUUCCAAUAUGUAUCCUAACCAUCGUGAUAUGUGGCCACAAAAUGGAGCUGACAUGGAGCAUUGGCGAAUAUGGAAGAUUUUGUCAUUACCUUAUUGGCAACUUUAUGGUGAAUUGUCUUUAGACCAGUUGAGAGGAGAAACAAAUAGCAAUGGUACUUGUACAUCUGUUGAAUCAGAAUGGGAAAGCAACCCAGACAUGGAGAGAUGUGUUGAGUACGAUUGGGCCAUUAUGGUAAUAGCAGCCAUGUAUAUGUUGAUAUCAAAUCUCCUGUUGUUCAACUUAAUCAUUGCCUUGUUUAGUUACCGAUUUGAGGAGGUACAGAACAAUUCUGACAGGUUGUGGAAGUACCGAAGAUUUGCAAUCAUAAGGGACUAUAGCACAAGAUUUCCUGUGCCUUUGAAUGUGUUGUUUCAUAUCGUGAAUAGCAUAUAUAAUUGUCGUAAGAGAAAACAUCAGAAUCCAGAAGAAAAGAAUAAAGAUUUAAGUAUGUAUAAAAAUUUAAUUGAGAGAAAACAUCAGAAUCCAGAAGAAAAGAAUAAAGAUUUAAGUAUGUAUAAAAAUUUAAUUGAGAGAAAACAUCAGAAUCCAGAAGAAAAGAAUAAAGAUUUAAGUAUGUAUAAAAAUUUAAUUGAGAGAAAACAUCAGAAUCCAGAAGAAAAGAAUAAAGAUUUAAGUAUGUAUAAAAAUUUAAUUGAGAGAAAACAUCAGAAUCCAGAAGAAAAGAAUAAAGAUUUAAGUAUGUAUAAAAAUUUAAUUGCAUUAUUUUUAUCAUUGACAUCUCAUGCACUUGACGUUAUGAUAAUACAGACAUUUAUCGACAUAAUAAAACAACAAAGCACCAAUCGGGCUAUCAAAACAAGAAAUCAAGAUCAAUUAUGGACUUUUGACGGGGCCACUGACACAUUAUAA